UGAGAGUAGACUUUCAGCAUGUUGUCUCUCAUAAAUGGCAUGACAAUGCUGAGAAAAGCUGAUACAUUACUAGAGAACAAAAAUGCAGGAGUGUAGUUGUUAUUCUGACUGUAGCGGAACCUUUGUCAAGUCCACUACUUGACACAGUCGGUAGGAUUUCUUUGUAGAACCCAACUCACUUCCGGUUGUCAUUCAGCGUCGCUUCAAGUUCUGCUGCUUCCCAAUUUUUGCCUGAGGACGUCAUUUCAUCAACAGUCAUGACCCUGUUUCACUUUGGAAAUUGCUUCGCUUUGGCCUAUUUCCCCUAUUUUAUAACAUACAAGUGCAGUGGACUUUCCGAGUACAAUGCUUUCUGGAGAUGUGUCCAGGCAGGCGCCACGUACCUGUUUGUCCAGCUCUGCAAAAUGCUGUUUCUUGCUACUUUUUUCCCCACAUGGGAAGGAGGAGCUGGUGUUUAUGAUUUUGUAGGGGAGUUUAUGAAGGCUACGGUGGACCUUGCAGACCUGUUGGGCCUUCAUCUUGUCAUGUCACGUAAUGCUGGCAAAGGAGAGUACAAAAUCAUGGUGGCAGCUAUGGGCUGGGCAACAGCAGAACUCGUCAUGUCAAGAUGUCUUCCUCUGUGGGUGGGAGCCAGAGGGAUUGAAUUUGACUGGAAAUACAUCCAAAUGAGCUUUGACUCCAAUAUUAGUUUAGUCCAUUACAUUGCCACGGCAGCAGUAGUGUGGAUGUUUACGCGCUAUGAUCUUCCUAAGAGCUUCAGGCUGCCUGUUACUGUGCUGUUGGCACUCUGUGUCUACAAGUCUUUCCUAAUGGAGUUGUUCAUCCAUGCCUUCCUGCUGGGCAGCUGGACUGUGUUGUUGGUGAAAGCUGUGCUGACUGGAGCCAUCUCUCUUUGCUCACUUUUUCUUUUUGUCACCCUGGUGCACAGUAACUAAAUCCAGUACAAUCUUCCUUUACCGUAUCACUGUUUGUAUUAACUGGUUCUACAUCCAAACCACCGGCUGAUAAAUGAAACAGUUUUUUAUCCAUAAUUGUUGUUUUGUUGGACUUGAACUGGAAAUGAUUCUCAAAGUGGCAUCCAGGAUGAUCUUUUCUAACAAACAAGUGGUUAUGUGAAAAGGUGGAUUUUCUAUUAUGAACAUAAAUUAAGUCGAAAAAGUGACAUUUUCUUGAUGUGAUUUUAUGUACAUGGUUGACUCAGUACAAAAUUUGACCUCGAUGUAAUUAGGACACCAAAUAAGUUCUAAAUUUAACCAUUUCCUGAUUAUGUAUAAGUGUCGACUGCAAAACAAAUCCAAACCCACAUGGCAUUGUCGUUUCUGAAAUCAGUAGCGGCUUAAAUGUCUCUACACAGUGCAAAUACUGUAUGUGGUUAAAUGAUUUAAAAACAAUCUAACAAAAUACAUGUUUUAUUGUCAUUUGCCUCUCUCACUAUAUGCAGAUCACACGCAGUGCAUAGGGUUCCGUGAUUCGUUGGGUCAAUUAAUGAAUGACAGGUCGCUUCAUUGUGCUGCAAACGCGCUCCGUCACUGAUAAGCAUAGAUUUAGUUAAGUCUGAGUAUAAAAAUCGUGUUCAUUUUUUUUUUUUUUUAAAUGUGAAAAAGUGUUGUAAUGAGGGCGGAGAGCCUCCAAAUAAGAUUUUGCUUAUUGCCCCAAUUUAGCCAGGAGCGGCCUUCUCCACAAGUCCUCAAAACUGAACAAUCUUCCAUAUGCUUUCAUGCUUCCAUUUUAUAAGUAAAGUACCUUCUAGAAGCUCCACCACCACUUAAGGUUUAAGCGACUGUAUAUACAGUUGGGGUGUGCCAUCUUAGGCACCUCACGAUCCGAUUCAGGGUGCUACAAUUUGAUUAUUAAACAUUAAUUAUGAUUAAUGAUGCAUCUUCUUUCCCAUCCACAAUUUUUUUUAUGGUAUUUUAGGUAAAUUUGUCAGCAUUAAUUAAAGUAAACAAAUGUCAGACAGCACUAUCUAACAUAUUUCCCACUAAAAAGCUUCUCUUAUUACAUAAUUUGGCUUUAAAAAAUAAGACCAAAAUGCUCUUCUGUUUUCACAGAUGUCAGUACUAACAGGUUCAAUGCAAAACAAAAAUCAAAUUAAAUCAGAAUUAAUAAGGACUUUCAAACUAAAUAUUUCACCCCAAAAAAUUAAAUCUUGAAUUUAUUGCACAUAGUUCUGCAGGUUUAAUAAUGUAGCGACACAUCAGUUAUUAUGUGUAGUUUAACUGUUUUCUGUGGCCAUGAAUGUGUCAGUAGCUCAGCUCGGUGUUGGUUUGAGUGACAGAAGACGAUUGAGUGUUGAGAAAAAAAGUUAGUUUUUGUUUUGUUUUGCAUUAGCCAGUUUUGCAAUAAAGUGAUUGUUGAUCAAC